UCUCCGCGUCAUCAGGUAUCCCAGAGUGCUCCUCACAAGGAAGUGCUAUGCAGCAGAGGUCUCUGGUUAUGUUUUGACAAUGAUGGAGGAGGAAGAAUUUGAAUUUGCUGAGGAUUUAGAGGCUAUUUUGCAUCUAACCCCUGAGGUUCAACUGGCCAUUGAACAGGUUUUCCCCAGCCAGGACCCACUGGACAGAGCAGACUUCAAUGCUGUGGAAUACAUCAACACGCUGUUUCCCACCGAGCAGUCUCUGGCUAAUAUCGAUGAUGUGGUAAACAAGAUUCGUCUCAAGAUUCGGCGCCUGGAUGACAACAUCAGGACAGUUGUACGAGGCCAGACCAACGUGGGCCAGGAUGGCAGACAGGCUUUGGAAGAGGCGCAGAUAGCCAUCCAGCAGCUCUUUGGCAAAAUCAAAGACAUCAAGGACAAGGCGGAGAAGUCUGAACAAAUGGUCAAGGAGAUCACGAGGGACAUAAAGCAGCUGGACCAUGCCAAGCGCCACCUCACUACAUCCAUCACCACCCUCAACCACCUGCAUAUGUUGGCAGGGGGUGUCGACUCUUUAGAGGCCAUGACCAGAAAGAGGCAGUACGGCGAGGUGGCCAACCUGCUGCAGGGAGUCGUCAAUGUGCUCGAACAUUUUCAGAAGUACAUGGGAAUACCCCAGAUCAGACAGCUUUCUGAGAGGGUAAAGGCAGCACAGAGUGAAUUGGGGACGCAGAUCCUAGCAGAUUUUGAAGAGGCCUUCCCUUCUCAGGGCUCCAAGAGACCCGGUGGCCCCAGUAACGUCCUGAGAGAUGCCUGUCUGGUGGCCAACGUGCUGGACCCACGAAUCAAACAGGAGAUCAUCAAAAAGUUCAUCAGGCAGCACCUCUCAGAGUACCUGGUAUUAUUCCAGGAAAAUCAAGAUGUUGCAUGGCUGGACAAGAUUGAUCGCCGCUACGCCUGGAUCAAACGGCAACUGGUAGAUUAUGAGGAGAAGUACGGACGCAUGUUCCCUGAGGAGUGGUGCAUGACAGAGCGUAUUGCUGUAGAGUUCUGCCACAUCACAAGGGUGGAGCUAGCCAAAGUGAUGCGAACACGGGCUAAGGAGAUUGAGGUGAAGCUGCUUCUGUUUGCCAUUCAGAGGACCACGAACUUUGAAGGUCUUCUAGCCAAACGCUUCACAGGAUGCACCCUGACGGACGUACCUGGACAGAAGAGGCCAGAGAGCCCUCUAGACCCCACUAACCCCUUCCUGGAGGAUGAGCCAGGCGAGGAUGUGGGCACUGAGAAGGAUGAGGAUCUGGCUAAGCCCAGGAAGCCGAAAGCUCCAGACAACCCUUUCCAUGGCAUUGUGUCCAAGUGCUUUGAACCUCAUCUGUAUGUCUACAUAGAGUCCCAAGACAAGAACCUAGGCGAACUGAUUGACCGGUUUGUGGCCGACUUCCGAGCACAAGGCCCACCCAAGGCAGGCAUGGAGGAGGGUGGAGCAGUAUUGCCCAGCUGUGCUGACCUCUUUGUCUAUUACAAGAAGUGCAUGGUGCAGUGCUCCCAACUGAGCACUGGAGAACCAAUGAUCGCCCUCACAACCAUCUUCCAGAAAUUCCUGAGAGAGUACGCUUGGAAGAUCCUCUCUGGAAACCUGCCGAAAUCCAGCAGCAACAGUGGGGGUCUUACCAUCAGCAGCCUGCUGAAAGAGAAGGAAGGCUCAGAGGCUGCAAAGUUCACAGUGGAUGAGCUCUGCCUGAUCUGCAGCAUCCUUAGCACUGCAGAGUACUGCCUGGCUACCACGCAACAGUUGGAAGAGAAGCUAAAGGAGAAAGUAGACAAGGUCCUGGUGGAAAGAAUUAACUUGACUGGGGAGAUGGAUACAUUCAGCACUGUAAUCUCAAACAGUAUCCAGCUACUUGUUCAAGACCUUGAUGCCGCCUGUGACCCUGCUCUCACUGCUAUGAGCAAGAUGCCAUGGCAGAGUGUGGAGCAUGUGGGUGACCAGAGUCCUUAUGUGACGUCAAUCAUCAUGCACAUUAAGCAAAACGUGCCCAUCAUCAGGGACAAUCUGGCUUCCACACGCAAAUACUUCACACAAUUCUGCAUCAAGUUCACAAACUCUUUCAUACCCAAAUUUAUCAACCACCUGUUCAGAUGUAAGCCUAUCAGCAUGGUGGGAGCUGAACAACUGCUCCUGGACACUCAUUCCCUGAAGACGGUCUUGCUCGAUCUGCCCUCCAUAGGCUCCCAGGUGCUCCGCAAGGCACCUGCCAGCUACACCAAGAUAGUGGUGAAAGGCAUGACCCGUGCAGAAAUGAUCCUUAAGGUGGUGAUGGCCCCACAUGAACCACCAGUUGUGUUUGUUGAUAACUACAUCAAGCUCCUGGCUGAUGGAAAUCCUGAGACAUUCCAAAAGAUUCUGGAUAUGAAGGGUCUGAAACGCAGUGAACAGAGCAGCAUGCUGGAGCUCUUCAGACAGAGGCUACCCACUCCACCCUCCGGAGGCGACGGCGGCUCCUCACUGUCCUUCAGUGCCCCCACUCCUGAACAGGAGUCCUCCCGCAUCAGUAAACUGGAAAAACUCAUCAAGAAGAGACUGUGAACCAGACACUUACACUGAAAUUGCAUGGCUGCAGGAUGGGAUGGUUUUCACCUCUCUCACAAGUUAUUCAUCUCACAGACUUCAUUAUGCUCCAUUCAGUUAUUGUGAAGAAGCACAGAAAGAGCAAAAAGUGGACUGAAUUUUCUGAGUGACAGUUCUGUGAACCCAAGCUGAUGCUGGAUUAUGAAGAAACUUCCUCACUUGCUACUUCUUGUUGUUCCGCAAGUCAUUUGCUCUUGUAAUUUCCCACCUUUUUUUUUUUUUUUAUGACACUAAUGUCUUGAGCUUUGUAACAUUAGUACAUUGAUGCACGGUGUAUUUGCACUCGGAAUAUCCAAAUGUAGUGCUGUUAACUAAUUUCUGGCUGCCUCUCUCAGACAUGUCAAAUCUAGGAUGAUUAUAGGCAGCGUUACAUUAAUUUAAGAUGAUGUUUGAACAAAAUGUCUUUCAGGGAAAGCCGUGGGUUACUCAACUGUUUAAAUUUCAAGUGGGAGGAUGGUGGAUUGAAAUUCUGUGUGCAUGUCUGCCGUUCAUUAAAGUGGAUGUGCGUCAAAGGUGUUCGGGAUUGUUUUUUGUGAACAACGGCUUAAAAUGAAUUUCUGACAGUCCCCAAGUGUGGGACAAAGCGGGUCUUUGGAUUUCUUGCAUUUUCACUGAGACAUGAGACUAACUUUGUCUUGGCACUUAAAAUUCUGACUUGGAACUGAGAACCAGCUAGCUGAAGUCUUUUAACUUGGGCCAUUGCCUUUGGGGGCAAUGAUAAUUUAAUAACAAAAGUGAUACUUUAAUCCUCUGUGUCCCUGGAAUUGACAUGAAAACAAGGGUUUGUUUGGAGGGAGGUAACUGUAGGUAUGUACUGUAUAUGUGAACAUAAGUACACAUGUCUGCGGUUUGUUCUAAAUAUUCUUUGAUGCUUAAAUCCACUGUGUCCUUUGUGUUUUGUUUUUUUUUGGUUCUUUUUAGUUCUGUACAGUUUGGCAAAGAAUAUCCUUUGUCAUAAAAUGACUUAGCCAGGCCCUUCUCAUCCACAUGCUCAGUGAAGUCUACAGUGCAUCGCAGUCUCUGAUAGGAAAAGAAAUCUUUUUUGGAACUCAGUGCCUUGGUUAUGGUCACUGAUUUUCUCAGUUUAACAAGUCCUUGCAGAUUGAAUGUAACUGAAUCUGUGUACGCAUUCCUGUCUUCAGGUAUAAAAUGUUCCUUGUUUUUAUUGUCUGAAUUGUAUCCUACACAGGCAGAUGUUAAACACUAUUAAAACAUUGCCACAGA